UAAAUAAAUAGAAAAAUCAAAAGAAAGUCAUCCAUUUCAUUUCCUUCUGUGCUUCUUCUCUGGUCUCUGGCUUCCUUUGUACGGGAAGAACUCAAUCUUGUCCAUUUCCUUUUGUUUUUUCUCUCUUCGAUCUCUCCACCUUCCUUUCGACGACUCUCUUACCACAGUUCGUGUAGUUAAUCUGAGCCCUCUCCCUUGAGAUCAGUGACGGCUUCGUCAGUAUUUGUGUGAGAUUUGACUGCAAAGCUGGAUUGGGAGGGUUUCUCCAGGUGUGAUUUGAUUUACAGUCUCUGAUGCUGAAGAAUAAUAGUGCUUGAAGGCUUUGCUCUUCUGUGUGAAAAAUGUUGGAAGGUGGUGCGAAAUUCCCGGGAAUAAUAGAUCUCAACAAAAAUAAUAACAACUACUAUGAUUUCUCUCAAGGCUUCUACCAUAAGCUUGGGGAGGGUACCAAUAUGUCAAUUGACAGCGUUGGGAGCUUACAGACAAGUAACGGUGGAGGAUCUGUUGCGAUGUCUAUUGAUAAUAGCAGUGUUGGGUCCAAUGAUUCCCAUACUCGCAUGUUGGACCACCAAGGGUUGCGGAGGCGUGCCAAUGACAACUACUCUGUUGCACAUAGUGCCAAUCGUCGGGGAAGAGUUACCCAUGCAUUGAGUGAUGAUGCUUUAGCUCAAGCUCUAAUGGACAACAGUUCUCCUACUGAAGGGCUUGACAAUUUUGAUGAGUGGACAAUUGAUUUGAGGAAACUCAAUAUGGGUGAGCCUUUUGCACAAGGAGCCUUUGGAAAACUCUACAGAGGUACUUACAAUGGUGAAGAUGUUGCUAUUAAAAUAUUGGAGAGGCCGGAGAAUGAUCCAGCAAAGGCUCAAUUGAUGGAACAGCAAUUCCAGCAGGAGGUCAUGAUGUUGGCUACCCUAAAACAUCCUAACAUUGUUCGAUUUAUUGGCGCAUGCCGUAAGCCAAUGGUGUGGUGCAUUGUGACUGAGUAUGCUAAAGGUGGUUCAGUUCGACAAUUUCUAAUGAAGCGGCAAAAGCGAUCAGUUCCCCUCAAAUUAGCUGUGAAGCAAGCUUUGGAUGUUGCAAGGGGGAUGGCUUAUGUUCAUGGCCUUGGGUUGAUCCACAGGGACUUGAAAUCUGAUAAUCUUUUGAUUUUUGGUGACAAGUCAAUUAAAAUUGCUGACUUUGGAGUUGCCCGAAUUGAGGUUCAAACUGAAGGGAUGACACCUGAGACUGGAACAUACCGUUGGAUGGCUCCGGAGAUGAUCCAGCACAGGCCAUACACACAAAAGGUGGAUGUAUAUAGCUUCGGAAUUGUUCUAUGGGAACUCAUCACCGGUAUGCUUCCAUUUCAGAACAUGACAGCAGUGCAGGCAGCAUUUGCAGUUGUGAACAAAAAUGUUCGUCCGAUCAUACCCAAUGACUGCCUACCUGUUCUGCGUGACAUCAUGACAAGAUGCUGGGAUCCCAACCCUGAUGUGAGGCCACCAUUUGCUGAAGUUGUUGGAAUGCUUGAGAAUGCAGAGACUGAGAUCUUGACAACGGUUCGGAAGGCCCGGUUCAGGUGUUGCAUGACUCAACCAAUGACUGCUGACUGAUCCUGCAACUGCAAAUGCAAAAGUCAUAUAAACAUAGACUGGAAAAUUUGGGAGCAAGAUGAAACUCUGGUAGUGAAGGGUGACUAUAUAAUAGCUUUGUGUAUUUGUGUGUUUUAUUUAUUUCUUCUGAAGAAAAAAAAUGAAAAUCUUAUCUGGAGGACCUUUUGCUUAUUCGGUUUCUUAUUACUGAAUGUCUGUUCUGAAUUAGUAAAGAGGAGAUGGUGUAUGUAAUACAUGCAUGUUUUACAGUUAUGUAUAGCUUGAGUUCAGAAGGCAAUGAGAUCAUGGGCGAAAACUUUUGCUGUUUA